CCCUCCCUCCUGCCCGCCUCUCUCCUAGGCAACAUCCCUCCCAGGCCCGGUGGAGAUGGAGACCUCUCCCCGCCCCCAUGGGGCAGAGGAUGGAGGCGCGAGCUUCUCCAGAGCCCGCAGAUCCUUUCCCGGGAGCACCCCCAGGCCUCACAGAGACCGGGAUGCGGUGGUGGUGAGGGUUCGGGGCACAACCCCUUCCUGCAGCCCGCCUGGACCUUGGCAUCUUUGCAAAUCCUUAAAUAAACAACAACAAAAAUCUCCCAACCCGAGUCGUUAGAUUUGCAACGCGCCUUUUACAAUAACCGCGACAGAGACGCAGGAAGCAAUCCUGCAACCGGUCCUGGGUGGGAAGGCGGCAGCUUCCCGGCCACCAAGCUGCUCCCUCACCCCUCCCACCCCAAGGGGGCCUCGAUUCCCCCACCCCCUCCCCGGAUCUGAGGCUCUGCUGCACUCCGGGGACUGACAGGUCCUCGGCUCCUGGUCCGCUCCUCUUGCGUCCAGAGACUCGCCAGCUUACAAAAGCUCGGCUCGUCCCCCAUCUCACCCCCCAAGUGGAGAUUGGUCGUCUGGUCGGAUUGCCCAGGCACUUGUUGCCGAAACAGCCAAGACCCAGGUCUCUGCUUCCACCUGCCCAGCAGCAUGAGAGCAGCAUGACUGGCCAGCCGCAGGAGAAGCCCCCAAAGCCAGGCCCCCAACGCAGCCAUCCGCUACCGAGGUCAAGGUGUGAACGGCAUUUCCCCGCCACGGUGGUGUCUGGUCCAUACCUCAACCGGAGGGAGGAUGUAGACAUCUCAGCUCUGCAAAUGAGUGGUUCGAGCCGACGCGAGCCCCUGCCUCCAGCCACCCUCACAGACAUGUCAGCCGUGGAGUAGGGUGGACACUUUCUCUCAUCUUCUCAGGGUUUCAGGAUUUUUUUAUUUUCUUCAUUCCCUUUUAUUUUAUUUUAUUUUUAUUUGUAUUUUGUGGCUGAACAUUCAUAACCAAGGAGGACAUCAUGGGGGACCAGCAGCUGUACAAGACCAACCACGUGGCUCACGGGGGUGAGAACCUCUUCUAUCAACAGCCACCCCUUGGUGUUCACAGCGGGCUGAACCACAGCUAUGGGAAUACGAUCUCAGGGGCUGGAAUGGAUGCCCCGCAGGCCUCGCCCAUCUCUCCUCACUUCCCUCAAGAUACUAGGGAUAGUUUGGGCUUGCCGAUUGGCUCCAAAAACCUUGGCCAAAUGGAUACCUCCAGGCAAGGAGGCUGGGGGAGCCAUGCAGGGCCUGGGAACCACGUCCAGCUUCGUAGCAACUUGGCCAACUCAAACAUGAUGUGGGGAACACCGGGCCAGGUAGAGCCCACUGACGGCUACCAAUACACUUAUUCCCAGGCCAGUGAGAUCCGGACCCAGAAACUCACCAGCGGUGUUUUACACAAGCUGGACUCUUUCACCCAGGUGUUUGCCAACCAAAACCUGCGAAUUCAGGUCAACAAUAUGGCCCAGGUUCUGCACACUCAGUCAGCAGUGAUGGAUGGAACCCCCGACAGUGCCCUUCGCCAGCUGCUAUCCCAGAAGCCCGUGGAGCCCUCAGCAUCCGCUAUAGCUUCCCGCUACCAGCAGGUGCCCCAGCAGCCGCAUCCUGGCUUCACAGGUGGACUGCCCAAACCAGCCCUUCCGGUCGGGCAGCACACUCCCCAAGGGCACCUGUAUUAUGACUACCAGCAGCCCCUGGCCCAGAUGUCAAUGCAAGGAGGGCAGCCGCUGCAAGCCCCUCAGGUGCUGUCCGGCCAUAUGCAACCAAUGCAGCAGCACCAGUAUUACCCACAGCCACCGCCUCCUCAGCAGCAGCAAGCCGGGCUGCAGCGGAUCUCCAUGCAAGAAAUGCAGCAGCAACCGCAGCAGCCGAUUCGCCCCUCACAGCCUCAGCAGCAGCAGCAGCAGCAGCUCCAGCUGCAGCAGCGGCAGGGGCCGCUGCAGAUACCUCAGUAUUAUCAGCCCCAACCCAUGAUGCAACACUUGCAAGAGCAGCAGCAGCCCCCGAUGCACCUGCAGCCCCCUUCCUAUCACAGGGACCCUCAUCAGUAUACCCCGGAGCAGGCCCACGCUGUCCAGCUGAUCCAGCUGGGCUCCAUGCCCCAGUAUUACUACCAGGAGCCUCAACAACCCUAUAGCCACCCCCUCUACCAGCAGAGCCACCUGUCCCAGCACCAGCAGCGUGAAGACAGCCAGUUGAAGACAUAUUCUAGUGACAGGCAGACUCCGGCUAUGCUGAGCUCCCAUGGGGACAUGGGGCCUCCUGAUACAGGGGUGGCAGACCCAGCAAGCUCAGAAAUGACCCGAGUCAGCAGUACCCUUCCUCACCAACCGCUCCUGUCCCCCAGUGGUAUCCACCUCAACAACAUGGGACUUCCCCAUCAGCAGCCGUCUCCCAGUGCGAUGUGGCCCCAGAUGCACCUACCUGAAGGGAGAACCCAGCCAGGGUCCCCGGAGUCAAGUGGCCAAACCAAAGGAGCGUUUGGAGAACAGUUGGAUGCCAAGAACAAGCUCACUUGCUCCAUCUGCCUGAAGGAGUUCAAAAGCCUGCCUGCCCUGAAUGGCCACAUGCGGUCCCACGGGGGAAUGAGGGCCUCCCCCAGCCUCAAACAGGAGGAAGGAGAGAAGGCCCCACCACCGCCUCAGCCUCAGCCUCAGCCCCAGCCGCCACUGCCACCUCCGCCUCCGCCGCCACCGCUCCCUCCUGAGGCAGAGCGCCUCACGCCUAUGGUCAUGCCCGUGUCUGUCCCUGUCAAGCUUCUCCCACCCAAGCCCAGCUCUCAGGGGUUCACCGACAGCAUCGCUGCCACCCCUUCGGCCAGAGACAAGCCAGCCAGCUCGAUGUCGGACGACGAAAUGCCUGUGCUCGUGAGGAUGACCCUCUCCCCCCCUCACUCUCCCCAAGGGGCUGCCCCCUGUGCGCCUGCUGAAAUCCCCCGGAAACAUCAUCCAGCCAUCACCGCAAAAGCUGAGGAGCCCCUCAAGACCCUACCCGACAAGAAGAAGUUCCGGCACCGGCCCGAGCCGCUCUUCAUCCCGCCACCGCCUUCUUCCUAUACCCCCAACCCCACCUCUUACUCGGGGGCCACCCUGUACCAGAGCCAGCUGCGCUCCCCACGCAUCCUCGGGGACCACCUGCUCCUGGACCCCGCCCACGAGCUGCCCCCCUACACACCGCCACCCAUGCUGAGCCCGGUGCGCCAGGGCUCAGGGCUCUUCAGCAACGUCCUCAUCUCGGGCCACGGCCCAGGAGUGCACCCGCAGCUGCCCCUCACUCCCCUCACGCCCACGCCCACGCCACGCGUGCUGCUGUGCCGCUCCAGCAGCAUCGAUGGCAGCAAUGUGACAGUCACCCCAGGACCUGGAGAGCAGACUGUGGAUGUUGAACCACGCAUCAACAUUGGCUUGAGAUUCCAAGCCGAGAUCCCAGAACUGCAAGAUGUCUCUGCCCUGGCUCAGGACACACACAAGGCCACACUGGUGUGGAAGCCAUGGCCUGAGCUGGAAAACCAGGCCCUCCAGCAACAAGUGGAGAACCUUCUGAACCUGUGUUGUUCCAGUGCCCUGCCCGGUGGAGGGACCAAUUCUGAAUUUGCUUUGCACUCUCUCUUUGAGGCCAAAGGUGACGUCAUGGCUACCCUGGAAAUGUUGCUGCUGCGGAAGCCAGUCAGGUUAAAAUGUCAUCCUUUAGCAAAUUACCACUAUGCCGGUUCUGACAAGUGGACAUCUCUAGAAAGAAAACUGUUUAACAAAGCGUUGGCCACUUACAGCAAGGACUUUAUUUUUGUACAGAAGAUGGUGAAGUCCAAGACAGUGGCCCAGUGCGUGGAGUAUUACUAUACCUGGAAGAAGAUAAUGAGGUUAGGGCGGAGGCACCGGACACGUCUCGCGGAAAUCAUUGAUGACUGCAUGACCAGUGAAGAGGAAGAAGAGGCAGAGGAGGAAGAGGAGGACCCAGAGGAAGAUAGGAAAUCCAUAAAAGAAGAGGAGAGUGAAGUGCCCAAGUCACCAGAGCCACCACCUGUCCCUGCCCUGGCUCCCACUGAAGGGCCACCCAUGCAGGCCAUUGGCCAGCCAUCAGGCUCUUUCAUCUGUGAAAUGCCCAACUGUGGGGCUGACUGUAGAUGUCAUGUGACUCCCUUUCUUCCUCAGGUGUUCAGCUCCCGACAGGCACUGAAUGGCCACGCCCGCAUCCAUGGCGGCACCAACCAGGUGACCAAGACCCGAGGUGCCGUCCCCUCUGGGAAGCAGAAGCCAGGUGGCACUCAGAGCGGGUACUGCUCAGUAAAGAGUUCACCAUCGCACAGCACCACCAGUGGAGAGACGGACCCCACCACUAUCUUCCCCUGCAAGGAAUGUGGCAAGGUCUUCUUCAAGAUCAAAAGCCGGAAUGCACACAUGAAGACUCACCGGCAGCAAGAGGAGCAGCAGAGGCAGAAGGCUCAGAAGGCCGCUUUCGCGGCAGAAAUGGCAGCCACCAUCGAGAGGACUACUGGGCCGGUGGGGGGGCCUGAGCUGCUGCCCCUGGACCAGCUGAGUCUGAUGAAGCCGGUCAAGGACGUGGACAUCCUGGACGACGAUGUGGUCCAGCAGUUAGGGGUCAUGGAUGAGGCCGAGGUGGUGGGCACAGAUCUUCUCUUGGAUGACCAAGAUUCGGUUUUGCUUCAGGGUGAUACAGAACUCUAAGCCACCCGUACAUCACCUAGAGACACAGACGCCACGGCCUCCACCCUCUCUGAUCAGGAAAACCUGGACUUCCUGCUCCUUUGAAACCCUUUUAAACUACCUGUUUAAAAAGUGGUCCUUUUCUUCAGGUUAAGGGAGGGGGAAAUUCAGUUCUCUUUUACCUUCUUUUAAAUUGUUUUUGUUGGGGGUUGGGGGGAAUAAAAAAUUGGCACAACUAUCUUUAA